CCUCUCAAUGUCUCCCUCUCAGAUUAAAACCGUAACAACAAUGGCGGAUCCAAUGGUCGCCGAUCCCUCGAAUGCCGACCUCUCUGAUUUAGACGCCCUCCCAAUCCCUCCUCUCGACCCCACCUUCUUCUCCUUCCCUGACCACGAUCAUGAUAAUACUCUUGACUUACUGUCGUUCACCGAAAACGACGUCGUUGAUGACCUCGAUUUCGACAUCACCUUUGACGAUCUCCACAUCCCCUCCGACUUCGAAGACUUCUUGAAUUCCUUUACGAUCGAUCCGCCAGGUUUUAACCCCGUCCUGGUUGAGUCGGAAUUUGAAUCCGGUUUGUUUAAUCAUCGUAUUUAUGAGCCGGAAUUGUGUCAGAUUCCUGGCAAUAACUUCUCUACUGGUGCUACACGUUCUAAUUCAAACUCGCCGGAAUUGUAUCAGAUUACCGGUGAUCAGAGCUAUAUUGCUGCUAGGGUUUCGAGUUUAAAUUUGAUGGAAUCGCGUCAGACUUCCGGAGAUCGGAGCUCCAGUGGUGCUAGGGUGUCAAAUUUGACAUCGGCUGAGUUUUGUAAUGUACCCGGCGAUCGGGUAUCCAUUGGUGCUGGGGUUUCAAUUUCGGCAUCUCCGGAAUUGUGUCAGAUGUCUGGCGAUCACUGCUUAGAUGUUUCUGGCUAUUUAAAAGUGCCGUUGUCAGAUUCUGUUGAAUCCAACGGGGAUUGUUCUCACGGUUCGGAAAACAAGGAUUUGGAAACUUGCGAGCAGGAAGUUUUUGAACCGACUUCAUCUCAGGGUUCGGGCAAUUGCGUGUCUAAUGCAUCAGAAACUCUGAACUCUUCGUCUCACGGUUCGGGUAAUUACACUCGGGGGGUAAAUCAUUCACCCAAUUCCGCCAAUAAUUUGAUAAAUACAGUUGUUGAUCAGGAACAUAAGUUGAAAGAAAUGGGUAGUAAAAAAUGUUUAUUAAAAAGAAAACAAGAAAAUGAAGAUUUAUAUACUGAGUCUAUAACAAAUAAGUGUCAGAGAUCAAAUAACGUAGAAAAUCCUAUAAACGAAGAGGAAGAAAAAAAGAAAGCAAGGUUAAUAAGGAACCGAGAUAGCGCGCAACUUUCUAGGCAAAGAAAGAAGCAUUAUGUUGAGGAAUUGGAGGAUAAAGUGGGGUCAAUGCAUUCCACAAUUCAAGAUUUGAAUGCAAAGAUUGCGUACAUGAUGACUGAAAAUGUGAGUUUGAGGCAGCAAUUCAGUGGUAAUGCUAUGUGCCCGCCGCCUCAAAUGGCGUCACCCGGGGUGGGGAUGUACCCGCAUCCGCCAAUGGCCCAUAUGGCCUAUCCGUGGAUGCCAUCUCUGCCUUAUUUCAUGAAGCCACUAGGGUCUCAAGUGCCGUUGGUGCCAAUUCCGAAGCUGAAGCCGCAACAACCUGUAUCGGCACCACGGGCAAAGAAGUUUGAAAGCAAGAAAAGUGAGGGUAAAAUUAAGAAGGUUGCAAGUGUUAGUUUUCUGGGUUUGUUGUUUUUUAUACUGCUUUUUGGUGGACUGGUUCCAAUGGUGAAUGUAAAGUAUGGAGCAAUGAGGGAAUCACAUACUGGUGUAUCGGAUUAUGUUGGCAAUAGGAUCUAUGAUCGGCAACAUGGUAGGGUGUUAAGCAUCAAGGGGCAUUUAAAUCAAACUGACCAUAAGAAUGGAAUAGGUUUGACUAAUGAGAAACUUGGCAUACAUUGUGGGAGAGGUCAUGUCGGAGGAGCUGAGUCAAAUGUUGAGCAGAAGCAAGGAGGAUCAGACCCCUUGCCUGAUUUGGAUGAGUUUGUUCAAAUGGCCAGUGCUAGUGAGCCUCUUCCUGCCUUUUUGUAUGUUCCUAGGAAUGAUAAGCUUGUGAAGCUUGAUGGCAACUUGAUAAUCCAUUCUGUUAUGGCUAGUGAGAAGGCCAUGGCAUCUCGUGAAGAUGUGAGAGUGAAGAGUGGUAGUGAGACAGGCUUGGCAAUCCCUGGAAAUUUGGCUCUGGCUAUCCCUAUUUCAGGCGUGGGAAGGAAUAAUGGCAUACAAACUCAGCUUUAUAUUAGUCCGACUGAACGGCAAAUGGCUCUUGUUUCAGGUUCUGCAGAUGACAAUUGGAAGUCUACAGUGGCUGAUGGCAAACUACAACAGUGGUUCCGCGAAGGCCUCACGGGGCCAAUGUUAAGUUCUGGUAUCUGCACUGAAGUGUUUCAGUUUGAGGUGUCACCAGCUUCUGCUUCCGGAGGCAUUGUUCCAGCUGCCUCAUUGAGGAAUGUUUCGGCGGAACACCGUGAGAAUUCUACACACCUCAACAGGAGGAGGAAUAGAAGGAUCCUUCAUGAUCUUCCUAUUCCUCUAGCUGGAUCCUCUCAUAACUUAACCGAGGAGCAUAUGCACAAGAAUCCAGAGGCACAGAACUUUCAUGGAAAUAAUUCUCGUUCUUCGGUGGUUGUCUCUGUGCUUGUUGAUCCUAGGGAGGCCGGUGACAAUUAUGGUGAUGGUGUGAUGGGACCAAAGUCUCUCCCUCGGAUAUUUGUUGUGCUGCUUAUAGACAGUGUCAAGUAUGUCACUUAUUCAUGCAUACUUCCUUUGAAAGGAUCUGGUCCUCAUCUGGUUGGAUAAAUGACAACUGGAACUUAAGCAACCAGUUUUUGUGCAUAGCAGAAAUUUCUAUAUUCCUCAUAACUAAAGUUGUUAGCUUGUUUGGAAAAAGAGGAUUUGACGCCCUCAAUGGUUGUUGCAUUAUGAUGAUCUAUACCCUGAUGGAUGAUGGUUCUGUGUUGGGUUGAUGGAUUUGGCUUUAGGAGGGGAAAAUGGGUUUUUGACAACAGGAAAUAAGCUAGCAACUAUGAAGAAUCCGUGCCUCAUGGAGUACCCCACAAUGACCCUUCUCUGUCUAGGAAUUGAACUUGGAACCUCGGCAUCUUGAACUGAAGUCUUGGCCUUCUCAACCAUGGUUCAAAAUAUGGGCCAACCUAGAUAUUGCUUGGUCAAAUCGUACCUAACUCGGUACAUUCCAUUUUGAUAUAAGCUCCCUGUAAAUAACAGUCGCAACUAAGUCUUUGAGUCGAUCCCAAAUUGUCCGAGUCAUCUUCAUCUAGUCGACCGAUACCGUUUCAAGAUGUUGAGAUUUGAACUAAAACUCACAUUGUUUUGUACUUAUAUUUUCAUCUAGCAUUUCGUACAUAGUUAUGUGAUGUUGCGAACAAUGCAUAUGAUCCUCAAUAUAUCAUCCUG